GCGGCGCGCUGUCAGAGAAGCAACAUCCGCGUUUGUUUACUCUCUAAACUUAAAUCGAAAACUAGUGAAAAAAGUGUUCUUUCUUAAUAUAAACAAAUACCAUCGUGUAGCGUAUACAAUUGACUACCUAACAGUGAAAAGUGCUUGAAAAUUGAUCAACGGAGUCAAACAAAAUGCCAUCGAGUAAAAGUACGAAAAGCAAAAAUAAAAAAACAUCUACAUGUACAAAAUGUAGCCUUGAAAUAACAGAUAAGGACUGCAUAAAAUGUUCAAUUUGCAACAUACUGUACCAUCUGAAUUGCAACACUGUCGUUACAAUAAAAAGGUACGUCCUUAUGAAUAAAAAAACAAGGGAGGCCUGGAAAUGCCACCAAUGUUUGAAUAAUGCAUCAAAAAAUAAAUCCUCGACAUCUACUUCUGGAAUUGUGGCUAAAAAUCAACCAGAGGUAAAAAAGUCGACAACAACAGAGUCCGAGGAUCUGCCAAACAAAAGUGUCAACCAAGUAACUAUGAGCACACCUGAACCAGACAGGCUUAGUCUUUCAUCGCUACAAACACCGGACAGCUCAUUAAACAGUUCAGCAGAUAUGUCUCUUAACAACAGUAUACAUAGUAUGCCAAAUUCCUCGGAAAGUUCGACGAUAGCGGAACUCAGAGACACUAUAAGCAUCCUUACAACACAGCUUACUAGUGCCCAUGAAGAGAUUACUAACCUUAAUAUGGACAUCACACGACUUACUAAGAACCAGGCAGAUUUAGAAAGACAGGUUGCUACUCUAAAAAGCUUACUGAAUCAAGAAUCUCCCUUAAGAAGAUCUACUCCGAAACCCAAGAAAAAAAAGGACAUCACUGUAAGCUCUAAUGAAAACCGAGUGGCCGAGCUACAUUUAACGCCACCCAAGAACUUAGGUACUGAAACUAUCGGUAAGAAUAACCAAGUAAUUACUCAAAAGGUACCAAUAAAGCAACACCAAAAAUCGCUUACUACACCACCUGAAUCAAAACAAUUCAAGACUGUAUACAUGUAUGGAGGCACCCAAUGUGUGGGGUUAGCUUCGAAAAUACUUCACAUGCGUCAAGAUGAAAAAUACCGGGUUCAAUCUACUGUAAAGCCAGAGGCGCGGACGCGACAUAUACUUGAAGAUAUCAGAUCUCAAGUGUUCACAAGGAAUGACAAAAUUAUAUUGUCCGUCGGAGAACAUGACAAUGACCCCAUAGACUUAAUUACGAAUUUGAACAAUGCCUUACAAUACUUACGAAACUACUCUGUGUUUAUACUGUAUAUUAGGCAUAGCAAAUAUUUAGACAAUUAUAUACUUAAUUAUAUACUUAGAAAUUGUUGUAGUAAUGAAAAUUGUAAAUUUAUUGAGGUCUAUAAUGCAAACCUACGCAAUAAUAAGUUAUUGACCGGAUCGACUAUAAAAGAGCUUAUUAUGACUUUAUACCUCCAAAUCCCGAUAUUCCGUUGUGUAGCCUGA